CUCCAACCACCUGUUACUGCCUGUCUCGGGCCACCCUGCCUGUGUUCCAUCCUGACCACCAGGCCCAGCGUGGCGACUGUGGGCCCUACCCUGGACCUGCUGCUUCUCAGACGUCUCCAUGACAACCAGGGCCUUGGAAGAGCUGGAUGGAGGCCUGGGCAGCUGCCCAGUGGAUGAGGACCUCUCUGCACUGGCUGACCCCUGCCCAGGCCAGCCCCAGGAGGACAGGGCCCGAGCAACAUCCAGGCUGGCUGACUCCAGCAGCUGGCCCCAUGAUUCUCAGGAACGGGUUCCUGAAGGCGGCCCCAUAGGCAGUGUGGACCUGGAUGCCAGACCCAAGAAGACAGAAAAGGAGCCUGUGGCAAAAGUGGCCUCAGGCCCCGGGAAGGAGAAGCUGAAAGCAGGAGCAACCCCUCGGAGCCCAGCACGGAAGAAAGCACAGGCCUCGCUGCCCCCGAGGCCACCGCCAACACCCCCAGCCCUGAGCGAGGAGCUGCCCUGGGGAGAUCUGACGCUCAACAAGUGCCUGGUGCUCGCCUCACUUGUGGCGCUGCUGGGCUCCGCCUGCCAACUGUGCCGUGAGGCCGUGGCUGGGGAGGCGGAAGCCCGUGUACCUGUCCCUGUGCCGUGGGUCACACCAAGCUCGGCCCCAAAGGAGUCAGCUUCGCCCCUGCCAAAGUCUGUGGCCUGGGCCCCCCCAUUGGGACAGCCCCAGCCUCAGGCGAAGGAAGAGGAAAGGGCCAAGGUCCCCGAGGUUCCUGGGAGCAGGGAGGCUGCAGGGAAGGACGAAGGGGAGUCUGAGGAGGCCACUGGCGAAGAGCCCAAGGAGAGGCCAAAGAAGGAGGAGAGGCUUAGGAAGGAGCAGCUGCGGAAAGAGGAGAGGCCCAGAAAGGAGAGGCCCCGGAAGAAGAAGCCACAGAAAGAGGAGAGGCCUCGGGCUGCCAGGGAGACCCGGGAAGCCCUACCACGGCGCUGGGAGGCACGUGAAGGGGGCCAUCAACCGUGGGCACGAGAUCCCGGUGACUCCGAGUACAGGAAGAGGCAAGCGUGGGCCUCCCCGCUGCACCGGGCCGAGGAAGACCGGCCUCGAGGCCGAGGCCGCCAGAAGCAAUGCGCAGGCAAAGGACGGGACUGAACAAGACCUGGUCCAGUGCGGGAAUCUCUGGACCUCUGCUGGAGGGUUCCGUGGUUUCAGAGAAAUAAAGCGAGUGCUGCGGCCCCCUUCA